UAUAAUGUUCAAACAUCUAAUUAUCCUCAGGAAGAAGAAUGCUCGUGUGUGAGUGUCAGUCGUGUAGCUAGCUGUAGUUUCUUUUAUAUGUUUAGAUAAAGUCAAGCUAUUUUAGGAAAGAGCGUGAAAAUGGGGAUUUUCCCAGUCGGACGCUGGACCUUAAGGUGGGCUGACACCAUGAUCCAGGAUCCGGCUGAAGGUCCACGUGUUUGAUUAAGAAGCUGCUGUCACUGCCGUUGUCAUGGGAACGACAACGAGCGAGCCAUGUAUCUAUGACAAAUUGUCUGAGAGCAUCGACAUCCUCCGCCAGUCGGGCUACCGCUACGGCAUGUCGGAGAGGGAGAUUGAGAGGUUCAUCAAGCAGGUCCUGGAGACCAACGAGCCCAGAAGAGAACCUCCUCAGUUCCCGUUACUGAGAGUCACCAUCAAGUUGGUUUUGGCCAUAUGCCUGCUGCUGGCAGUGGUUAUGGCCUUCACGUACCCUCAAAGCGCCCCUCAGCUGGGCCUGGUCAGUCUGGGCUGUUACAACUGGUCGUCCCCUCUCACCCAUGUCCGCCUGCUCUCCCUACCCAUUGCCAAGAAGUACAACCUGCGAGGUUUCCAUGAGUGGUGGAGUGCCGGUUCUCUCAGGCAGAGUGUGGUCAACUGUUCCGGGUGUGCAGAGAUCUCCUCGGUGCUGGAAGUCCCAGAGAGCCUCAGGGGGACCGUGACUCUGCGACGGGGGCCACAGCUCAUCCUGCUGAAGGGUGGAGAGUCUCUCAGCAUCCAGCGGCAGCAGCUGGAGGAGCUCUACUUGGCCUAUCCAGACUCCAUGUCCAUCCUGCUGGAGGAAGAUGACGGUCAGCAAAACCAGAACCAAGGUCUUCCUCAGGGUCCUGCUAACUUCACCCUGCUCUGGAGGUUCAGCUCUGGGACCAGGGAGAAGGUAUUGAGGUGGCUUUUCCCAAAGGCAGAAGUCUGCCCCCUGCUGGACAGUGCUGGGACCAUCCUGCAGCGCUGCCUGGUCACCCACAGCACCAACUCCCAGAGCAAGGGCGUCGGGGUUCUGGGGUGGUUGGUGGUGGGAGAGGGACUCCCGACGGUCCGAGUUCUGCCGGUUCAGCGGUGCCAGAAACACUGCAGCUCCUUUAACCUGUGGCUCUCACCUGGAGACAUGGUGUACGCGGACCCUCGGUACUGGCAGAUGGAGCUCUUCCCUGGACGCGGUCAGAAUAUCAUCUGUGAUGGAUCGGCCUUUUAGCCUUCAGGCAGGGAGGAGCUCAGGACUGACACGUGGGUAUGAGCGUGUUGCCUUUUGACACCACCGGCCUCUUAUGGACCUAGCGCUGAGACGCAACCCCUGAGAACUGAAUCCCACUGCACAUAAGACCUCACUCUGGAACACCGGACCUCCUGCAGGUUACCCCAAUGGUCGAGGAUUAAAGACUCACUUUGUCUUUUUGCUAAGUUGUUGAAAAUCAUCCAUGUUUGUGCCACAGCUUUAAGCACUUAAGGAAGAAUGAACAGAGGAAGCUGAAUCGGUCUCAGAAUGCAGAAUCACUGCCACUGCUUACAACAAAGCAAGUUCACUGCUCAAAUCAUCUCCCGAUUAAACUAAAAUGGAUUUUAGCGCCAAAGUCCCAAAAAUAUCUCCAAGAACGAGGGACGGAACAGCAGGCAGAGAAAUCACAGUGAUGAUUAUCCUUUAGGGUGUUGAAGAGGUGAUGCGGGAUGGGGCAGGGGGCUUUCAGCAGGACGCCAUAUUUUAUCUUCUGCUGGUACCAGCUGCUGCUGCAGACACACACACACGCUCUGAUAUUAAAGGGUCAGAACACAUUUUUGGUGCAGAACCCAAAGCACUUGCUGCACGUUUUACUUGUGCAUAUUUAAAUUAGACGUUGAUCUUUAAUUAAAUCAAAUCUUUAAUGGAUUUUAUGUAAGAGAAGGCCAUAGACCAGUGGUUCUGGUCCAGCGUGUUUUAGGCCCUGUCCACACGUAGCCGGGGAUCUGCCAAAACGUAGAUAUUUUUCUACGUUUUGGCCUGUCAUCCACAUGAAAACGGAGUUUUUUCACACGAAAACGGAUCUUUUUAAAAACUCCGGCCAAAGUGAAGAUCUGCGUUUUCUCCGUUUUGGGUGUCUGCAUGUGGACAGACAAAACCGGAGUUUUAAGGUCAGCAACGUCACUUUCCGCGACAAAAAAAAUGCUGACAUCACGUGUGCGACCUGUGUUUACACUAGCCGACAGCAUGGAUGCCCUCAGAGCUGCGCUCGCUUCAUCAAUUGUCCAAGCGCUUUUUGCUUGUUUGUUUUUGCAAGCGGAAUUACUGCUCCUUGCGGAAGACCACAGACGAAGGGCGAAGUUAAGAACGGGGGAAGUACUGCCGCCUACAGGUCUGGCAUGUCCUUAACAAUGUAUUUAUCCGGGUACGUGUGGACAGUUUUAUUUUUAAACGAGGUGGUGUGGAUGCAAGUUUUUGGAGGGGUGGGAAACCCGGCUACGUGUGGACUAGGCCAUAGUUUUAACCCUGCUUCAACACACCUGAUUUCAAUCCGGCUUCUGCAAGCCUAAUGAGCUGCUGAACAAUUGAGUCAACCACAGAAUCAAGUGUGUUGGAGCAGAGAAGCCAUCAACGGGCUGGAUACUGGCCCUCCAGGCCCAGAAUCGAACACCCCUUCUAUUGUGUGCAUCAGACAGAAACUCGUGGAACAUUUUCUUCUGAUUUCAGUCGAAACAAAGUUUGGUGAUUCUGAUCAAAAAUGGUGAUCUGUUUUGGCAGAAAAGCUCUUCAUAUUUUUCUGCAGCGACUCCCUAUAGAAAUCUGAGUCUGGACCUUGUUGAGAUCUGGUUCACACAUGAAACCAACUUUUUAAACUCUUGUCCCCUCAGGGCCUCCGUAGCCCUGAGUCUUUCACCAUGUGACUCAAACUCUCUCUCUAUUCUUCUGUAAAUAAGUCAAAUCCUUGAUUUGAACAGAAAUCUGUUGUAAUAUAUUUUAUCCAAGUUUUAGGAGAAGGUCUCAGUGGAGAACAUAUUUUGUGCGUUGUUUAGAAUUAGGCGGAAUGACGUUUGCCAAAGUUAAAUAGAAGUUUUAUGUAUUUUAAAGGCCUUUAAACCCGACAUUAUAGCUAAAGCAGAAUAAAAUAAUAUAUUUGCAUAGAGUUGAUACUUUUGAGGAACAAUUAAAUCAAGUCUGGCUUCUU